AUGGGGAGCAAUGAGGAGUUGAAUGGGGCACGUCGGAUGGGAUCACAGCGCAAGACUGAGCAGCAGCGGCAGCAACAAUUCUCCGCCAACGGCCUUUUGACCUCAGAGGCUCUGGCGCGAGAAAAUCUGGGCUCGGAAUUGUCGCGGGGGAAAGAAGAGGCGGUCAAAAUUGAGUUGCAGACGCUCGUGGAGAGAAACCCCUCUCCUGCAGCAGCAGCAGCAGCAGCAACUGCAACAAAUGCGGCAGAGGCAUGCUCAGCGACGCCAGCAGGAGGUGGUGGCGUUUUGCACGGCCAAUGGAGGGAGCUACGCCAGCGAGAGAUGGGAGGAAAUGAUGCAGGCAGAUGA